AUGUCCAAGGGGUACACUGUGGUGUCCGUGAUGAAGCAGCCGCAUGAGACGGUGAUCAAUGAGAGCCUUAUCCGCGACUGCAUUUAUUUCCCGCCCACUUGCAUCACAGAAGAGGAACGUUUGCGGUUCGUGGGCGCCCGAGAGGAAAGUCAGCGGCAGAAGCGGGUGAAGUCGGCGAUGGAUACGAUGGAGCUAUAUAGGGUGGCAACACUUCUCGCUUCCUACCGUCGCAUUGGGAAGAUUGAGAAUCUUGUGGGGCUGUGCAACCUCACAAAGCUGGCGUUGGACAACAACAGUAUCUCCACGAUAUGCAACUUGGGGCAUUUGAAAAAACUACAGUGGCUCGAUCUUAGUUUCAAUCAGAUCACAAAAAUCUGUGGAUUAGAAGAUCUUGCUGAGCUGGAAACCCUAUCUUUGUUCUCCAACAAGAUUACGGUGGUUGAAGGCCUAGAGGCGAAUAAGAAACUGGUGUCGUUGAGUCUUGGGAACAACUGCAUAGAGGGACUUGAAGAAACAGCUCGUUACCUGCAUCAGAUGCGAAGCAUUCGCAUCUUGACACUGAAGGGCAAUCGUGUGGAGAAGCAGCCACACUAUAAGGUCCGUCUUCUUGCGUUUGUUCCGACGCUCCAAUUUCUCGAUGGCCGGGUUAUUCGCCCAGAGGAGAUUGUCAGCGCACGCGAGGAACAACGGGAAAAUUUGGUGCCCAUUGAUGGGGAGGAUGAGCGUGCUGCUGAGGCGGCCAAGGUGAAGCAGGAGUCUGAGAAGGCACGGAAGGAUUACGAGCAGUUUAACUGCCCCGACGAGAACAAGUUUUACGAUGAGCUCUUUUACUUGGAGUCCGAUGGACGUGGCCUGGCGGAGUUGCUUCAAGUUGACAUCAUUGCGUCGCUUUCCAAGGACUUGUUGGAGAAGUAUCAGACAGAGUUUAUGGAUAAGGCCAAGGAACUUGCUGAGGCGAUGAAGGCGAUACGCGCGAAGCGGGAUGAUGACGAGAUUGCCUUUAAUGCGGCGUCGGACCGUUACAAGCAAAAAAACGCAGAUGCAUGCAAGGCGGUGAUUAAACAGUUUGAGAAGGAGGUCAAAGCCCAUAUUCCACGUGCCAGGUGGGGGCAGGAGGCAGACGCCGAUGGAGUUUCAGCUGAGGUGGUCGCACAGCUUGAAACGCGUCUUCGGGAGUUGCGGCACCAACUUUUAGAGAAGGAGGCGGACCAAUACGAUGCCUUGGAGGCUCUCAACGCCGGAACUAUUGCAAAGUGGAAGGGAGAUGGCGUUGAUGUUGUGCUUCAAACUGCGUUUGAAAUUUUUAUGAAGAUGGAGGCGGACUUUCAGGUUUCCCUCCGGCAGUUGUUUGACUCGCUUUUUGACAAGCGACAGAAGCAGGAGAAUUCGGCAGAGCCCUACCACCACACCAAACAGGACGAAAGUGUCAUGGCAAUUAUUGACAACAAGGAAGAGUACCAAAAGAUUUUGGGUGAUUGGUUUGAGCUUCGACGAAAGCGUUUGGAGGAGCUUGAACAGAUUUACGUUAACAAUGAAGAUAAGCUUCUUAGGGAGCGCUCAACCCGCAUUUUGAGCGAGGAACAGAGUCGUCAUCGAUCCCGUCUAAACGAGAUUCAUGAGUUUGUAGAGCAGAUGAAGAGUUUGCUGGGGCAUGCAUGGUGA